AUGGGUGCGUUUGAUCGUUUGGAAGAAAUCAUCACCCCACGCGAGAAGUUUAAGGAAUUCCAUGGACUCAUUUACAGCUACCGCACACACGAUGAGCUAACUUCGAUCACAAAAUCCCCUCCGCUUGCAUCGACCUUGCCGUCUACGGAGUUGAUGGCAGAGGUUUGCUUCUUGCUAAUAUUCUCACUAAUUCCAGCAAGAGAAUUGACAGAUCAUCUCCAUCGUAAUACCGUUGCGCUUAUACAUUUUGUCAUUCCUUCCCUCGCAUGUCACUCAUCGAGUACUCCAUUCACUGGCGCGCUUUACCGCCAUACCGCCAUACCGCCCCACCGCCACGCUCCUAACACCGAUGAUACUAAAAGCUCAUUAAAAGGCGCCCACAAUGCCGCGAACAUGGCCAACCCGCUCGACCACUACGCCACCUUGGAGGUCUCCCGCACUGCCAGUGUCGGCGAUAUCAAAAAGGCGCAUCAUCAUCUUGCCCUCCUCCAUCACCCCGAUAAGAAUAGGGGGUCUGAAAGCAUGGGAAAAGCUUUCAUGAAAGGGGCACUGGAUACGAACAAACGGACGAUAUAUGACGCGACCUUCAAACGACGAGCAUAUCAGCUGCUAAAGGAGAAGCGAACAAAAGAGGAGGAGAGUGUGCAGAAGAGGCGGCAAUGGUGGGACUGGGUGGACGCACAAGAAAAGUUCAUUAGUACAGCGAAAGAGGAGGUAGAAGCGCUGCAGAAAGAUCUCGAUAUGAUGGACAAGCAGGACGAAGAGGCGCAAUCAGUUUUCACUCCUUGGACAUGGGGUGUGCCGGUAGUCGAUGAAGAGGAAAGGCAUCGAUUUGAAAGUGACAGAUUGCAGAGGAAUGUGGUUAGAACAGUGAAACAGGAGAAGUUCAAAGAAGUAAUGAGGAGAGGAGCUGCGGAAGCUGCGGAAGCUGCAGAUUCAACGGAAACAGCGAGAAUUCAUGGAAAAGCGGAAAUGGCAGCGCGAGAGGCACGACAGCAGGUACGAGAGCGAGUGAAAGCUGAGACGGAAAGGAGGAACAACCAGAAAAGGAAGCUGCUGAGAAGGCAAGAUGAAUCUAAUCGGAAUGUGUGGAGGAUAAAAUAG